AUGAGCGAGACCAAGUCUGUCGCCGUUGUCGGUGCUGGCAUAUUCGGCCUGUCGUUGGCUGUUGCGCUUCGCGACAAGGGCUACCUCGUCACAGUCUUUGAUCGUCAUGCAUACGAUGAGACCCAGUAUGACCCUGCCGCCGACGAAAAUGUCCAGGCAGCGUCUUUUCGAGCCUCGUAUGGUACCAAGCUCCAUUACCAGCGUUUGGCCUUGGAAAGUCGUCAGGAAUGGAUUGCGAUUAACAAAUCCUCCGGCAUCGACCUGUUCGUCCCAAGUGGCAUGCUUCGAGUCCAGCCCUCAGACGAGCUCGGCGCCCUGGAGAAGGAGACUCUUGCCAACAUGGAACGUGAUGGCAUCCGAGAGACUCAGUUUGUAAAGAGUCUGGCGGAAGAUAGAAAGCGUGCCAAAGCGCAAGGUUGGGAAGGCAAGCUUCUUGAGUUUCCUAUUCCAGACAGCACUGAUGCUGGAACCUACGAGGCAGUUCUGGACUCUCUUGGUGGCUUCAUGCGCUGCUCUCACGCAUGUCUGUAUUUUCAGCAGCUUGCAGCUUCCAAAGGGGUCGGUUUUGUCUUUGGGAAUCAGCGUGGUGAUGUCGAGUCUAUCGUGGAGGAAGCGGUGGGCGACAAGAAGAAGGCAGUAGGAGUAAAGACCAAGGAUGGCAUCAUCCACAAGGCCGAUCUCGUCCUGGAUCUAUCGACGCACCUUGAAUCGUCCGGCGGCAGUCUUGCCACCUUUAAGAUUGACAAGGACAACAAGGCGCUCUGGGACAAAUACUCGCCCGAGAACUUCCCAGUAAUUACCUGGAAAAGUACGCCUCGCAACAAGACAGGAAAGGACACUGGAAGCGUUUACGUGCUCCCCAGAACCCCGGACGGCCUAGUCAAGAUCGGAUUUCGAGGGAUCAAGGUCAGACCUGAAUCGAGCUGUGGCCUAUUUUUCUCGCUAAUCUUGCGGCAACAGUUUACCAACUUUCAACCGGCCCCCGAAGGCGUUCCAUUUGCGCAAGAUGGCAAGUGGUCUAUCCCAAUGUCGCCUAGAGACUCGUGCACCAUUCCCGAGGCCGCUGUAGACUCGAUCUGGCAAUUUGUCAAGAUAUUCUUGCCCGAGUUUGAUCAAGUCCCAUUCCACUCAACCAAGCUCUGCUGGUACACCGACUCGCUUGACAAUUCUUUCGUGAUUGACUAUGUCCCGACUUACACGGGCAACUCGCUAUUUGUCUGUACUGGUGGCAGUGGCCAUGGCGCCAAAUUUUUGCCCGUACUCGGAAAGCACGCUGCGGAUAUCUUGCAGAAUGGCGACAAGGCGACGAGCUUCUUGCGCCCUUUCUGGCGCUGGCGACCUGAUGCUCCACGCCGCAACGGCCUUGAAGAUGGCCCUGAUUGUCCAAGAAACAUUGGCCAGACCUAA